AGUUGUCUGCUAAGAUCUGACAAUAUUUGGUCCAAACGUCUGUAUUCGUGCUCCGAAAUUGUUAAUAUAUACACUUGUAGCUUGUAUUGUUGAUUCACUCCGCUAUUCGUCAUUCAACGUUGGUGUAUUUAAUUUAUGAAGAAAUGACGGAAAAUACGUAUCAGAAAAUAAUGUUGCAGUUAGACGUCAAAAGGCAAAUAAACACGUAAUUGAAAUGGAGGACAAAUGUUCUAUAUCAUCACUGGUAAUACAACGUGCAAAGAUUCAUUUAUAAAAUUUGUGGGAAUGGGCAACUGUCUGUGCAAAGAUGGCAACGAAGAAACCACUACCCAAGAUCCUCAGGAUGUUUCCAGAGCAGCUGGAGCAACAAUAUUGUUGGACAACUACAUGGACACCGAGGUGGAGGCUACUAAUUACAAGUUUCCCACAUCAUCGAAGAUCGAUGAGCUAGUCUUGGAAAUAUUGAGUGUUAUAGGACUACUCGUUGACAAUGAACAAGAGCCUCCACCAGCUAUGCUGAAACUACACAAUAUUGCUGAUAAAGAAGAUGGGUGGAUACAGGUUGUUAGUUCUAUGGUCAAUGUUAUUCCCAUGCAUAAUCCAUUGGGUCCAUCAGUCAUUACUUUAAUGUUGGAUGAUUGUCCAUUACCUUCGAAAGACUCAGUUUUAAGGUUGUCACAAGUUUUUAAAUUAUCGCAGAAACAUAGUAAAUUACAAACAAGUCCCACGCAACAGCGGAAUAUUUGUGUGGUUCUUGGGUGCAUUGCAGAAAGAUUGGCUGGUCCUAGUAGUAUAGCGAUUCAAUCAGAUGCUACUCUUGAUUAUCUCGUUUCUAAUCUUAGAGAAGAUAUUGAACCGUACGUUGUAUUAUAUUCCUUGAUAGCUUUAGAAAAGUUUGCCCAAACAAGUAGUGAGAACAAAGUAACUAUAAAACGGCGACUUUUAUCGGAAAAACCGAAUCCCUUGUUGGAAUUGGAAAAUUGGGUCACAGAGACUCAUUACGUCCAACGACAAGUCGGUUUCUGUGCUCAGUGGUGUUUAGAUAAUUUAUUUUUAAUAGAAGACCGAAAGUAUUCCUACGAAACGGUCGACUUGACUGACGUUAACGUGAUGUUGAACACAAUGGACGUGAGUGAGUACCUGAAAAUCUCUCCAAACGGCUUAGAGGCAAGGUGUGACGCAUGUUCGUUUGAAAGUGUUAGAUGUACGUUUCAAGUUGACGAGGGAGUAUGGUAUUAUGAGACUUUAAUUAUAACUACAGGUGUGAUGCAAAUAGGCUGGGCUACAAAAGAAAGUACUUUUCUAAAUCACGAGGGAUACGGGAUCGGAGACGACCAAUAUUCGUUGUCAUUUGAUGGGUGUCGAAGGUUAAUAUGGCAUAAUGCACGAAGUGAAAAGUUUUACUCUGUACCUUGUUGGAAGGCUGGUGACAUUUUGGGCUGUUUGCUGGAUCUAAACAAAUUGGAAAUUAUUUUUUCUUUGAAUGGAGUUGCACUCAAACCUUGUACCCAGUUAUUUAGAUGUGCUAAGUCUGGAUUUUUUGCUGCCGCCAGUUUUAUGUCAUUCCAGCAAUGUCUCUUCAACUUUGGUAACAAACCUUUUAAGUAUCCACCCACGGAUCGAAGUUAUCAAACGUUCAAUGAUCAUGCAAGCUUAGAUCCCGAAGAUAAAAUCGUUUUGCCUAGGCAUAUAUAUCUCAAUCAACUUAGGAGGCUCAGCGUUCGAGAAGACUCCUGUACACUUUGCUUUGAUCGCAAAGCGUCCGUCAAAUUAUUACCCUGUGAUCAUCGGGGUUUUUGCCAAACGUGUUCUAAACAAUUAUCCGAGUGUCCGAUGUGCCGAGCUACAAUCAUUGAAAUGACAGUGGACAAUACCUGACGUACGCCAAAAAGAUUGGCACCAGCGAAGCGGAUAUUGUUAAGGAUAAAACUAUUUAACAAACAAUGUUGCGGAUUACCAAAAAUGAUUGAAUUAAAAUUAAUCAGUUUAGUUACUGGUGCGAAAAACGUUGUAGAAUAACGAAUUAUGUGGUACUAUAAAUCUUCUAUUUUCUUACAUGACUAUCGAAAACUAGUUUAAUACGUGAAAGAAGUUUGAACCUGAAAAAUAUUUCAAAUUUUCGUAGGGAUUUUAAUGUCGCUUAAUUAAUUCUAAACAGCAAAUAAAAAAAAAUAUCGUUAUUGGUUUAAGCAUAUUAAUUACCUAAGCUUUAAUGUGAUUUAUAUCUUAUUAUUGCAAAACUAUCAUUUAGUUCGUUAACUGAUUUUGGUAUAAAGGAUUAAAAUUGAAUAUGUAUGUCAACGAAUAUUGACAAUUUCAUCAAUGCAAUAUGUUUGGUAUAAUUUAACAUUCCAAUGAACAAGUAACUUUCAGACUUUAAUGUACCUUAUUUUGAAUUUCUAUAAAAAAACUCCAUAUCAGAUAUUUUAUUUUUUAAACAUUUUUUAUGUUUCAAUACUAAGUAUACCGAUCCGAGCCGAAUUACGGGUAAUAAAUGAUUAGUUAUGAUAUUUUUU